AUCUUCGUUGUUCGUGACUGUUUUAUUUAGAUUGCAGCAGUCGCUGAACUGCAAAUACGUGACGGCUGUGACCUAUCUUACGGUUUGCGGUCAAUUGUGACGGAUAUUUGCUGCAACGUACGGCGAAAAAAUAAAAGUUAUAAAAAAAAAUUGAAAUUAGAAGGAAAUAUUGAAAGCAAGAAUUAACAAAAUCUAGGUCGUGCGAUCCUCCGUCUAAUAUGGAGCGGUCAAAGGUUGUGGGUAUAGGAAAUUCUGAGCUCGUCAUUCCUCCUUUACGGGGUCUCGACGAUUUUCUACUAGAAUCCGCCCGGUUCCAAAUACCUAAUUUCAAGGACCUGGACAAAUGGGGAAACCGGGUUGUCAACAAUCUGUUUUACUACCAAACAAACUACUUCUUCAUGUCUGUCAUCAUAUUUCUUAUUGUCGGGCUGAUUCAUCCUGUGAAAAUGUUGGUCGGUGCCGUAUCGAUGAGCGUUGCUCUUGGACUGUUUGCCUAUGCAUCGUGCGAGGGCCGAGCCAUUCACCAGACAAAAAAAGAUUAUCCUGCUCUGGGUAUCGUGCUGAUUCUUAUUGGAAGUAGCUUUCUUGCGUACACAGUUGGUUCACUCCUCGUGUUUCUAAUCGGUAUUCUUCUGCCUUUCUCUGUGACUUUUAUUCACGCGUCCAUGAGACUACGAAACAUCAGGAACAAACUUGUGAACAAGAUGGAGGAAUUAGGACUAAAACGCACCCCGAUGAGCGUAUUUUUGGAACAGCUCGGAUACCCUAUGCAGGCCGUCGGAAUACCGAAGUCGAGGAUCAAGCAAGAGCUGCAUGAGUUCGUUGCCGAUAGUGCGAAGGGUUUCUCAUUUAAACGCGGUGGCUACACUCGUCUCUCGGAUAGCUGACGCGUCGUUCAUAACGGAAAAAAUUGUCCAACCCAUCGUGAAUCAUUCCUAUUAAUUUUAUCGGCGAAACUAUGAACGUAUACGCUUUAAAUGCCAAAUAAAAAUUUUUGUUCAAUAAGUAGGGGCGGGAGUAAUUUUCGGCAAUGCGCUUUUCCCUUUACUUCUGUAAUCUCGCCGA